GCCUCGCCUCUGUCAGUGAGUCCCAGCGUGGCUGUGGCUACAAUGGUGGAUGACUGAACGUGUAAAGUGCUUUGGGGUCCUUAGGGACUAUGUAAAGCGCCUUACAAAUACAAGCCAUUUAUUUUUGAGAUAAUGUUAUGUAAAUAUUAUAUACAAUACUAUGGCCAUUAGAGCCAUUUGAGAGGUGCAUAAGCCUCUUUUCAGGACAAAGUCAUCUAUAUGCCUUUGCUUACUAGUAAAAUACUAGCAAAACAGAAUGUGACUGCCCACCCUAUAUACUCACUGCUCCUCUCUUGUUUUCAUCAGCAGCUUUUGUGGGUCAUCAGGGAAGUGGCUGCACCUGAGAGGUGGGAGAGACCAAAGCCAUAAGGCCCGCUCUUUGUCCCCUCUUUAGGCAGCAUCUACUUCUUCGCCAUUGUGCUGGGUUUUUAAGGAUGUCUUUUGUCUCUUGUGGCCAUAGUCAACACCUUGCAUAUAUACCUGACGCUUUCACACUUUACUGCAUGUUCAGUUAAAUAACCUGGAGGUGAGGUAGGAUAGAUUCCCAGAACACCGCCCUUGGUAACAGCCCAUGUCACCCAUAUCAUAAACCGCCACUGCGUGUCCCACAGGCUGUCUUGCAGGAUGAUUGGGGAAAAAUGGUCACCACCAGGCCACCGACUAUUGAUUUUAAAGGUUAUAUAAAGCACACUGUAUUGCAUGUUCAUUUAAUUUAACUGGACAAUGGAAUUAAGCUGUGUGUGAACUCAUUUGUUUGUUGCCAGCUUGAGCCAAACUGGGAACAAGACAGAAUUAGAAAAGUGUUAUUAAUCAGAAAUGCAUUACAUAUUUAUGUAGCUGAUAAUUCUUGUCCUUUCAUUUACAAGAAUUUAAUAUAGUUUUUAGUAUUUGGAUAAGUUUUAGUGGAUUCAUUUGAAAAGUUGAGAUUAAAUGACAUGCCACCAGAAUCCAAACAACCAGUUGGUGGCUGUUAGCAUGUGGCUAACUGUAAACGCGAUGACAGCUGCCAAUGAAGUUAAAUUUUGGUGAAUACUUGCAGUACAACACUGAUAGCACCUUUGGUACAUCUCUUUAGUAAGAAUUAAAACAAACAAACAAACCCCCCCCCCCCAAAAAAACCUGAGAUGAUGUGUCGUCCUACAGCUUGUUUAAGGAGAGCUCAAUCACGUGUUUGCCCUCUUUCUUUCUUGCUUGCUUUGGUGCACUGGGGAGGUGUGGGAUACAUACUGCAUGAAGUUCCUGAAGUCAAAGUAGGAUGAAACGUGGAGCAGUUGGGGAGCUGAUCCAUCUGUAACACUCUACAAGUGACUGCCAUCGUUAGUAGUAGUGAUGUUUAUCCGCGGCUGGUGAACGGUACAUUUGUACUUUACUGUCACCAGCUGGUAUUCACUGUCUCACAAAGUUGAAUAUUUAUAGCCUUCAAAAAUAAGAAUCUUCCGUUGAUUAAAUUAGUUUCAGGUGCUAACAAAGGGUCAACGUAUAUUAAAUGCAUUUUUUCACCUUUCUGAAAUUUUGAGUGGCUUUUUUCUGCCUCAUAUCUCGAAAUGAUGCAUUCUGUUCGCCUGUUGGAUAGACUGUAACAUCCUUCAUAUAUUCAUGUCUGUAAUUUAAAUUUUGUGAGGCUUUCAUGUUUUUUCCUCUUAUGAUUUUUGGACUAAUUUGAGGUUCAUUAUGUUUAUGAAUUUUGUAAUGCAAACCUUUGUGGCUCCUCAGUGCAGUUGUACCUGCCAUUUUAAUGUCCUUAUGUAUCAAAAAGCCAGUACAAAAUACGGUCUCAUCUCUGUGAUCCACUGCAUAAAAUCGCUGGCCCCUUCCUGAUUUGCUCUUUUCUUUUCUUUGUAUGUUCUUUACAUCAUCUCAUCAAACAAAUUUAAAUAUCAAACAAAGAUAGCGCAAGUAAACACAGCAUGGAGUUUCUAACUGAAGGUGUUUAUUAUCAAGUGGCCUAGUCAAUCAACCCCUGACUGGAAUCUUGAAAACCCUCCAAUGUGGCUGAAUCUGAUCUGCAAAGAUGAGUGGUCCAAAAUUCCUACGCAGCGCUGCAAAAGACUCUUUGCCAAUUAUCACAAGUGCUUGAAUGCAGUUGUUGCUGUUAAGGGUGGCCCAAUCAGUUAUUAGAUUAAAACAAACAAACAAUGUAUUUCACACAGUGUCGUAGGCUUGGAUUUUUUGCCCCCCCCCCGUUAAUAUUAAACGCCUUCAUGUAGAACCUAUGUUUUGUGUUUAGUUGUGUUAUCACUGUCUGAUUUUUCUCUCCCCCUGUUAGGCAAACGUUAAUUACAUUAGAAAAAAAAAUAUAUGAAUGCUUCUUAUUUCCAUAAAAACGGCCUUGGCUUCUGGUUCUGGCCCUUCAAAAUAAAAGCCCACUGGCUGCUUUGACUGUUUUAUUUUAUCCAAAUCUAGAGUCAACUGUGGUAUCUAUCAGCAUCUAUGCCCUGUGCUCCACUCCAACGUGUUUGCUUAUAGUGAGUGGCGUGAGAGGGCAGAAUAUCGUUGACGAUGGGUGGUUUCCUCCCCCCUCCCACCUGUUCUACCUCCUGAGCAGCUCACGCGCGUUUUCAGUCUUGCUGUCAUAGUCCGUGGUCCUGGGUCUGUGGAAUGCGUGCUGCUUGGGUAGCCACACCCCCGGACAGGGCCAUCACCGACACACCUGCUCUCCAUCGCGGUGAUUACCUGCAGAGCUUCUUUACCCGGCGCUGACGGAUGCUCCACGCCAGUCCGUAAUCACCUCACAGUGGUUUCAAUCCGGCGUUCGGCGUCUGCCACCUGCCUGUCCUCCUGCUCUACUGGCUCACUCAGUGCAUCAUCUGGCCCUUUCACCAUCUCCACGGACUCCCUGCUCACGGGCUGCCGCACCUCCCUUCCGAGCUCCCACGGUCUCGCUCUAUCCCUCCCGCGGUCCCGAUUCCGGCUUCCUUGUGUCAUUGUUUCCCCGGGUUAUUAGUUCCUCGUUUUGCUCUCUAGUUUCCCCGGGUCGCCUUUCGUUAGUAUAAUAAAGUGUCUUUUCUGCUACCGCUGGGUCUGCGCCUGGAUCCUUUUUGUGCACGCGCGCUGUGGCGCCUGACAGUUUCAGAUGUGGAGCGCAGUCUUCUUUCUCUUCUUCACUGUAUAAAUCAACAAGCAAAGCUGGAGAAGGCUUUAAAGCAGCAGCUCAUGGAUUCACCAAACCAAGCGGCUCGCUCUGCAGAGAAGGAGCUUGCCAGAAUGCGAACACAGUUUGUGGAGAGGGUGACAGCAGAAAAUCUCACACAGCUACUUGAAGCCCUUGUAACAGACAAUGUCUUGAAUGAGUUGGAGAAAGAAAGGAUACAGGAAAUGAACCAAACUAGAGCAGACAAGGCACGCGACAUCAUUGACACCGUGAAGAAAAAGGGAGAAAAAGCCUGCAGGAUAAUGAUCAGUCACCUUCGAACCAUUGAUCCUACAGUUUCCUGUCAGCUAGGUUUGUCCUCUGGGCCAUCUGUUCGGUUAGCAGCACUUGAGAAGUGUCAGCUCAAAUUCAAAUCUACUCUGAAGAAGAAGUUCCAGUGUGUGUUUGAGGGAAUUCCUAAAGCAGGAAAUCCAACCCUUCUGAAUCAGAUCUACACAGAGCUCUACAUCACAGAGGGAGAGACUACAGAGGUCAAUCAUGAACAUGAGGUCAGACAGAUUGAAACAGCAACCAGGAAAUGGCACAGAUCAAAAAUAACAAUCAGACAAGAAGACAUCUUUAAAGGGCCACCUGGAAGAGAUGAACCGAUCAGGACAGUGUUGACAAUGGGAGUGGCUGGAAUUGGGAAAACAGUGUUAACACAGAAGUUUACUCUGGAUUGGGCUGAAUGCAAAACCAAUCAGGACAUUCAGUUCAUAUUUCCAUUCACUUUCAGGCAGCUGAAUGUGCUGAAGGAGAAAAAGUUCAGCUUGGUGGAACUUAUUCAUCUCUUCUUUACUGAAACCAAAGAAGCAGGAAUCUGCAGGUUUGAAGACUUCCAGGUUGUGUUCAUCUUUGAUGGUCUGGAUGAGUGUCGACCUCCUCUAGAUUUCCACAAAACUAAAAUCCUAACUGACCCUCGAAAGUCCACGUCCGUGGAUGCGAUACUGAUAAACCUCAUCAGAGGGCAUCUGCUUCCCACUUCUCGCCUCUGGAUAACCACACGACCUGCAGCAGCCAAUCAGAUGCCUGCUGAGUGUGUUGACAUGGUGACAGAGGUCAGAGGAUUUACUGACCCACAUAAGGAUGAGUACUUCAGAAAGCGAUACAAGGAUAAGAAAAAAGCCAAUAGGGUAAUCUCCCACAUCAAGACAUCACGAAGCCUCCACAUCAUGUGCCACAUCCCAGUCUUCUGCUGGAUCACUGCUACAGUUCUAGAGAAUAUGCUAGAAACCAGAAAGAGGCGAGAGUUGCCUAAGACUCUGACUGAAAUGUACAUCCACUUCCUGGUGAUUCAGGUCAAAGUGAAGAAGGUCAAGUAUGAUGGAGGAGCUGAGACAGAUCAACACUGGAGUCCAGAGAGCAGGGAGAUGAUUGAGUCUCUGGGAAAACUGGCUUUUGAUCAGCUGCAGAAAGGAAACCUGAUCUUCUAUGAAUCAGACCUGACAGAGUGUUGCAUCGAUAUCAGAGCAGCCUCAGUGUACUCAGGAGUGUUCACACAGAUCUUUAAAGAGGAGAGAGGACUGUACCAGGACAAGGUGUUCUGCUUUGUUCACCUGAGUGUUCAGGAGUUUCUGGCUGCUCUUCAUGUCCAUCUGACUUUCAUCAACUCUGGAGUCAAUCUGCUGGAAGAACAACAAACUGGGGCACACUUCUACCAGAGUGCUGUGGACAAGGCCUUACAGAGUGCAAAUGGACACCUGGACUUGUUCCUUCGCUUCCUCCUGGGUAUUUCACUACAUUCCAAUCAGACUCUCCUACAAGGCCCGCUGACACAAAGAAAACGUAGCUCACAAACCAAUCAGGAAGUAGUGCAGUACAUCAAGCAGAAGAUUGGGGAGAAUCCUGGUCAGGAGAGAAUCUCUAAUCUCUUUCACUGUUUGAAUGAACUGAAUGAUCGUUCUCUUAUGAAGGAAAUUCAACAGUCCCUGAGAUCAGGAAGUCUCUCCACAGAUAAAUUUUCCUCUGCCCAGUGGUCAGCUCUGGUCUUCACUUUAUUGUCAUCAGAAAAACAUCUGGAUAAGUUUGACUUAAAGAAAUACUCUGCUUCAGGAGAAGGCCUUUUAAGUCUGUUGCCUGUGGUCAAAGCCUCCAAUUACGCUCUACUAUGCGCCUGUAAUGUCUCAGAGAGAAGCUGUAGAGCUCUGUCUUCAGUUCUCAGCUCCCAAUCCUCUAGUUUGAGAGAACUGGACCUGAGUAACAACAACCUGAAGGAUUCAGGUGCGAAGAUCCUGUCUUCUGGAUUAAAGAGUCUGCACUGCAAACUCAACACUCUUAGACUGUCAGGCUGUGUGAUCAGAGAGGAAGGCUGUAUUUCUCUAGCCUUAGCUAUUAGCGCCAAUCCUUCUCAUCUGAGAGAGCUGGACCUGAGCUACAACCAUCCAGGAGAGGGAGGAGUGAAGCAGCUGAAGCAGCUGAGAUGGGAAACUCUCAGGGUCAUUCUGGAGCCUGCUGGAGAACAAUGGUUGAGACCAGAUCUGAGGAAGUAUUCCUGUCAACUCACAAUCGACACAAACACAGUAAAUAGAGAACUUAAACUCUCUGACAACAACAGGAAGGUGACACAUGUGAAGAAGAUUCAGUCAUAUCCUGAUCAUCCAGACAGAUUUGAUGACUGUCCUCAGCUGCUCUGCACAGAUCAUCUGACUGGCCGCUGUUACUGGGAGGUCGAGUGGAGAGGAGACAUUGAAAUAUCUGUGAGUUACAGAGGAAUCAGAAGGAAAGGACACAUAACAGACUGUGGGUUUGGAUCAAAUGAUCAAUCUUGGAGUCUGAGGUGCUCUGACAAAGGUUACUCUGUGUGGCACAGUAAGCGGCACACUCGCAUCUCCUCUUCUUCCUCCUCCUCCUCUGUCUCUAACAGAGUAGCAGUGUAUGUGGACUGUCCUGCUGGCACUCUGUCCUUCUACAGAGUCUCUGACAUUUUGAUCCACCUCCACACCUUCAACACCACAUUUACUGAACCGCUUUAUCCUGGAUUUAGGUUAAGGUCCAACCCUGAUUCCUCUGUUUCUCUCCCCCUGUUAGGCAAAAUUUAGACUGUUAAAAAACCCAAAGAUGCUCCAGUUAUUCCAAGAUCAACAUAUUGCUUCUCUGUUUUUUUCCACUUAAAGCUUUACAGUCAACAUCAGUAUGUUGUGUUUCUCUGAGUUAAGCUGAUAUGAUUCAGUUUUUGUGAACAGACACAAAAACUGCUUAACUUUGUAUCAACUGCAGCCCUGCACCAGCAGUGCAUCGAAAGCAUGGAUGCAGCAGCCCCUAUUGAAAAAGUCAGACAUUGCAGCACCUCCUGCCAAAAUUCCAUCAAAAUUUCCGGCUGUUUGUCUUAGUUAAAGUAGUUAUUUUGUAAUUCGUGAUUGAUCAGUAAUUAUACUAAAUAAUAAUGAUUUUUUGUCUUUAAAUAAUACCAAGGAUCAUGUUCAAAUGAUAUUACUUGCUAAUAAAGAAGGGUUUCCAAAUAUCAUUAAGCUGUAAUUUCACACAAACACCUUUUGCUGCCAAAUCUGACUGUGGUUUGGAAAUUGUGUUCCUGAGCCUGGUGAAAUACUCCAUUUAUUUUAAUAUGUUUCAAUAAAAUAGAUCAGCCUGUAUGCCUAAA